AUGGCAGAUGCCAAAAGAUCGGUGAAUAUAAAUUUUGAGGAGGUUUCUUUGAAAUUAAAAAAAUUAUUCGAAGUCUUUAAAAAGCACCAACAUGACAAACUCGAUGUUAUUUUUGUGUGCACAGGAAAAUCGCAGACCGAUGCUAAUUCGACUUCUUCUGAAAUGCUCCAGCUAUGGUUGACAGGAUUUCAAUUCCCUGAAACACUAUUCGCCUUCAGUUCAGACGGAACGUGGUAUGUACUCACAUCUCCCAAAAAAGGGCAAUACUUGGAGCCGGUUUCAAAGCACUAUGAAAAGGUUAAAUUCUUCCGAAGACAACCAGGUCAAACUGACGAAGAAUCACUAAAAAAAAUAUUCGAAAACUACGACUGUGUAGUCGGAUACUUAAACCAUCCAAAGCCAAUGGGAGACUUUUCAGACUUCUGCUUCGAUUUUGUGAAGAAUAUGAAGAAGAAGGACGUGACAGUGGACAUAACGAGUGUUAUGGCAGUGAGAACGAAGAUAGAACUGGAAGUCCAGAAGCAAUCGUCACAACUAGCAUGUAGCGUGAUGAAGAGCCUGCUGAUAAACCAAAUUGAAGAGGUCUUGGACUCGGAGUCUAAGAGAACGCACGCAAGCCUAGUGUCGAGCGUGUUGGACGUGCAGAGUGACGCUAAAUUCGUGGAGAAGAUGCAAAAGAAGUUUUCAAUGAACCCGUCCGAUAUGGAAGUGAUUUACAGUAACGUACAAAGUGGAAACAACUAUGUGUUGUCAAUUGGAGUUAAGCCGACGGAAGAUAACCUGUCCCACGACCCAGGAAGCAUAAUAGUGUCAGUGUGUUCGAAGUACAACGAGCUGUGCGCGUGCGUCACAAGAACACUGAUACUGGACGGAACACAGUACAUGAAAGAAGUGUAUAAGUUCGUGCUUAAAGUAUUUGAAUACGCACUCACAGUACUGAAAGUGGGAAGUACAUUUGAGUCAGUAUACACGAGCGUAUACGAGUACGUGGCGAAAGAAAGAACAGGUUAUGAGCAGAACAUGGUAAAGAGCAUAGGACACACUAUAGGAAUAGAGUUCAAGGACGCACAGUUUAUACUGACAGCAGAUAAUAAGAACGUAAUCGAAAAUGACAUGGUAUUCCACCUGAGUAUCGGAUUCCUGGAGUUCAAAGAUGAUAAGAGGUUCGCAGUAUGGGUGGGAGACACAGUACACGUCUCAGAAUCAGGAAGUGAAGUGAUGACAUCACUGAUGAGCAAGGGCUUGGAGAACAUAUCAUACGAGCUGGAGGAGGAAGAGGAGGUGAAGAAGGAAGAAGAAGAAGAGGAGGACGAAGAGGAUGGUAAAAAGAGGCCAGUAGUGUCGUCACAGAUACUAAGGGACGCAGAUACAGUGAUACUGAAGGACAGGCUGAGAAACAGAGGAGGAGUAAGCAAGGAGGAAAUGGAAACACUGCUAAAACAUCAGAAAAAGUUAAGAGACCAGAAGAUAGAGGAAAUAACAAAGAGAGUUAAAGAUGGAACAGGAUUAGCAGGAGAUUCGAAGCAGAAGCAAGUAGUGAAGAUGGAUAAAAUAAAAGUAUUCCAAAAUCCAGACUCUUUUUCAAACGAAAUGGCACCAAACAAGAUAUUUGUCGACUGGAGAAAUGAAGUGGUGAUGCUGCCAUUUAACGGAUAUCACCUACCAUUCAGCGUCAUGAUAAUAAAAAACGUGACGUGUAACCCGGAGGAAAACAAUAACGUGUACACACUGAGAAUUAACUUCCAAGUACCAGGAUCACACACAUUUAGCGGAAGGAAUGAAAUGAACCCACUGCCAGACCUGCAGCAAGAAAACUCAAUAUUUAUAAAAGAAGUGCUGUAUAAGUCGAAGGACAUCAAGCACCUGCAGAGCGUGUUCAAGAGCCUGAAGGAGCUGAUAAAGCAGAUGAAGCAGAGAGAAAACGAUGACAUGGGACUGACGUUAGCAGACCAGGAAAAGUUAAACCUGAAUAAAACAGGAAAGAGAAUAGUGCUGAAAGACCUGAUGAUAAGACCAUCAAUACACGGCUCAAGAAGAGUGCUGGGAUUUUUAGAGGCACACCACAACGGACUGAGGUACCUGGUCAACUCGAGAGACAGAGUGGACAACGUGGACAUAUCGUACGCGAACGUACGCCACGCAAUAUUCCAGCCGUGCCAAAGAGAGCUUAUAGUGCUGCUGCACUUCCACCUUAAGUCGCCAAUACUAGUAGGGAAGAAGAAGACGCUCGACGUGCAGUUCUACUCGGAAGUAGGAACGCAGAUCGAUGACCUGGACAACAGAAGAGGAAGGUCGUACAAUGACCCGGAUGAAACGCUAGAGGAAAUGAGAGAAAGGGAGCUGAAGAGGAAGUUUAACACGGACUUUAAGAUGUUCGUCUCGCAGCUGAAGGAGCUGUCGUCAGUGAAGAUAGACCUGCCAAUAAGGGAACUCAUGUUCACAGGAGUGCCGCUGAAAUCAAACGUGGAGAUUCUGCCAACAGUAAACUGUCUGGUGCACCUGGUGGAGUGGCCACCCUUUGUGCUGGCACUGAACGAUAUAGAAAUAGUGUCGCUGGAACGCGUGCAGCACGGACUGAGGAACUUUGACAUCGUCUUCGUAAACAAAGACUACUCGAAGCCAGUGAAGAGAAUAGACCUGGUGCCAGUGGAGUACCUUGACACAAUAAAGAAAUGGCUGAACGAGUUGGAUAUAGUAUGGUACGAAGGAAAGAAUAACCUGCAAUGGACGAACAUCCUGAAAACGAUACUGGAGGAUGUGGAAGCAUUUGUUGAAAAUGGAGGAUUUGACGGAUUCUUAGGAGAAGGAGACGAAGAAGAAGAGGAGGAAGAAGAGGAAGAUGACGAUGAAGACUUCGAAGAAGAGGAGGACGAGGAAGAAGAAGAUAGCGAAGAAGACUACAGUGAGUCAUUAGCAGACGAGGACGAAGAAGACGAAGAAGAAGAGGAAGAUAGUGAAGAUGAAGGGCUGUCAUGGGAUGAAUUGGAAGAAAGAGCAAAGAAGGCAGACUCGAAUAGAGUCUACGACGAAAGAAAACCAAAGCGUCGCAAAUAA